AUGCAAACACAUGUUGUGGAGCCAUAUUUGGCCGUGUCUCAGGCAGGUAUCACGGUCCGAUGUUACUUACCUGUGGAUGCGGGGUACCAAGACCCCUUUCUGAUACGAGUUGUAAGGGGGGCAGCAUGGAACCUGUCAGGUCCUGUCCUUGAUGUUGACUUAGGCAACAACACCUUGACAUUUCAAGGUUCCUAUGCAAAGAUCACGAUGCCUAUAACUCAUGCCACCAGAACCAGCUCAGUAGCGGAGCACAACCCCAUGAAACACUUCAUUGGCAAGCAAGUAGUUGUUAUCCAUGGCCGUAUGAAAUUGCUGCGUGGAACACUGCGCUCUCUCGCCAAAGGCAACAACUUCCACGAAGCCAUGUCGUCAGAUGUUGCAUCAAUCGUACAUCCAGAGGUCUCUGAGAGCCCGCACCCCACAUCCAACCCACCUCCAAGCCCGCCUCCUCCACCACAGUCCACCUCCAUACCUCACCCUAAUCCAUGGUCACUUGACCCCAGCAUCGAGCCAGAGACUUUUGUAUCUGAAGAAGCGCCAUCCACAGUCCCUGCAUAUGAUCCUUGGCGAGUGAAUCCUGAUGACGUUGGGGAGAACGAUUCUGAUAUCCCAGAUUCAUCUCCCACACGAUUCCUGUGCAACAGCAGAUUAAGCUCAUUACUAGCUCGGUGCCAGUUAGUUUUAAGGGUGCUACCAGCGCCAAGUGGCACAUGGUAUCAGAAUUAUCAUGAUCACCAGAUACAUUUCAAGAACAAGGAACACUGGCCUGAAAGAGGAUGA